AUGCGCGUUACUACCAUUCUGACCACCCUCUUCGCCAUCGCCGUCAGCGCUGCCGCCUUGCCUGCUGAAGCUGAGACUGCCGCCGUACAGGUUGAUGUUGAUGUUGAUGCUCAUGCUAAGACCAUCGCUACCGCUCUCGAGAAGCGUGGCAACUGCGACCAUGGCUACUUCGACUGCGUCAACAGUCAGGUAAUCUUCUGCAACUUUCUAGGAAUUUGUGGUAGUGGUGUUCCUGGUAUCGCCUGUACACAGCAGUGUAUCCAGAGAGUCAACGACGACUGCCGCCGUUGGUGCAAAUAA